GUUGUUGUUGCACACUUGCACAUGCACCUUCUACAUUAAAAGCACCAACAGCGUACAAGAGCUUCUCAAACAUAUACAUACACAAAGCUUUCUUCAAGCAAACAAAGUAACACAAAUUUGUUUUCUUAAGGGAAGCUAAAAUGAGCUUAUAUCGCCCUACAAAACCUCACUUUUUCCAACCUCUCAUUCCUGGCUUCCAAUCUAAUUUUUCAAUCCCGAAAUCAUUCCACAAAUAUCUUGGUGUAGGAUCAGAAAAAGGAGAAAAGACAGCCUUAUUAAUAGACAAGAGACAGAAAAUUUGGGAUGUGAAGAUUGAUUUAGGUGACAAUUUGCAAUUCAAACAAGGAUGGGUGAAAUUCUGUGAAGACCAUGAUUUGCAAAUUGGUGACUUCUUGAUCUUUAGACAUCAAGGCUUUUGGGUUUUCGAUGUCUUCGUUUUCGACCCUACUUCUUGUGAGCGCGAAUUUCCAACUCUUGACGAUGAAUCAACAACAACUGUGGUGCAAGCUUUAAGCUCUAAUGGCGUCACAAACUCGAUCUCAAAUUUAUAAGCCACGUUUCUUCUCGCAACUUUUGUUUUAAGAAGGUAGUUUCUCGCAAAAAAAAAUCUAUGGAAAAGUGGUUUAUGAGAAAUUUUCUUUUUCCUAAUUUAAGAGUUUAUAUGUACAUUUUUGCAUGUUUUGUUUAUGCAUAAUUAUAUAUCCAUCAUAUACUUGUUUUAACUGAAAACUUUUACUAACGAGAUUUCAAUUGAUAUUCAUACGCUUAGAUGACAUUGAAGAUGAUGAAGAACUUACAAGCAAACCUUGUCAUCCAUACUUUUAUACUAUUAUCAAAUCAUGUCACCUUAAGAGUGGUGUAAUUGUAAGUAAUAAUUCUUGAUCACUUAUUUAAUAAAGUAUAAAUUUCAUCUAAUAAAUUAAAAGUCUAGUAAAAUCUGUAUAAAGAAAAAGUUACCUUUGCUUAUAUUUGUACAACUUUUGUAUUUGUACGCACUUAAACAUUUAAAGUCUUUUUGUGUGUUAGUUUUAACCUUUGAUCGAGGAUCUUCCCCGUACA